UCUUAAAUGUGAGUUGCUGUAAAAUAGAAAAACAUAGCGAAAAAUUAGAAUAAAACACUCAAUUAACCCUACUACUGCAUUAAAAAUGAAACGUACAAUUGGCAAACCUAAUGAUACAGCGAGUGAUGGUAAUAGCAUAUUGGCCAUAAAAGCAAAAGAGAAGACAAAACUCAAAAAGCGAAAAGCGCAAACGGUUUGGGAAGAGCAAACUAUCGAUGAAACUUCGGUCAACGGUGACCAGCGCCGCAAUCCGCCACCUACAACUGAUAGUGGCAAUCAUGAAACUAAUGUCCCUAAUAUUGCCACUGAAGCAAUAACUAAGAAAAAAAAGAAAAAGCAAAAAGUGAAAAGGGAAGCGGAAGAUAUUGAUAAAACUUCGUUCAACAUUGACCAAUGUCGCAAUCCAUUUGAGGGAGAGGACCACUGGCGUUUGCGGCGUGCCUUUUUAGAGAAAAAUCAACAAGUUCUAUCUCCAGAUGAACUCAUUUGCUUUGCUCAGGUUUACAUAAACAUGGAAUUGUUGGGCUGUCGAUAUGCUGCAGAAACCAUGGAAAUGGUUACCAAACUAUCUGAAGGGCUUGGCCACGAUUAUCACCGUGCCCAUGCACUUAUGCUUAAACGAACACUCGUUACUGCAUCGGAUGCGGCCGCUUGCAAAGUGCGUAAGCUAAACCCAUCGGAUGUAGCAAAGAAUGAUACGAACCUAUCGGUUAAUACAGUCGUUAAUAAGACGCACGGCCAUGUCCCUUCGUAUGUGUUAAAUCAGUUGCGCAGAGAUUUAAUUAUUUUCAACAAUAAUCUGUUACAAACUAUGCAAAUAUUCAACAAUCUCAACAAUGGAUUGAGAAUGAAAUCAUCCACCAGUGCGGCUGGUAAUGGGAUGUUUAAAGCGCUUGUCGAAAUAGGACAGUUUAAGAUAGCGGAAGCCGUCCAUGAUAGUGCCAAGCAUGCUCUACGUAGGGCCUCGGAAAUUGCAAUUGAAUUCCUUUCGCACUAUUGCUAUUCGAUAAAGCACAAGCACCGUCUGGCGGAUCUGGACGGUGUAGACGUUGUAGAGAAAUCCGACAUUGCAGAGAAAUCGGACAUUGCAGAGAAUUCCCAUCCCGAAGAAGAGUCAUCACCAUCCAAGCUCAACGCGGAAAACAUUGGAUUCAAACUAUUGGAAAAACUGGGUUGGAGUGGUGGUAGUCUGGGUGUUCGCGGAGAUGGUAUAGUGGAUCCUGUGGCGGUCAAUAAAACAAAGGGCCGUGCAGGGCUUGGAUUAAGAACGGAAGGUGGCUCUGGUAGCAGACUGAGUCGUGCGACGAUAACGCAGAUGCUGCAGGAUUUCCGAGAUGGAAAGACUGACGAUCUGAAAAUUGUAUUCAGCAGUGAGUGUUCCAAAGAGGAUCGGAUACUCAUCCAUAAGCUCGCAGUCAAAAUGCAAUUAAAAUCGCAAAGUUUCGGGAAGGAAGGCGUAGGAGAUGGUCGGUACCUCGUCGUGACCAGAAAACCAUUACGGCCAACCGAAUUACUCAGAAAAGUACUGGUUGAAAAGGAUCCAACUUUCUGCAAAACGUAUGACGUUACGUAUCCGGCUGAGCUUAACUAGUAGCACAUUAAUAAUAUAAUCGAGUUCGAUUUUUUUCUUCUUUUGGUAACAUUAGUUCAACAAACAGGAUAAUACGGCAAAGUGUUGUCAAAAUUAAAAUAACAUUCUGUUUAACAAACAAAUUUAGCGAUUCGUUACAUCGG